AUGUUUUCCAACGCGAUCAAGCUAGAAAAUCUGAACGAUUACUACAACGAGGAGGAGGAAUGCAUAAAGCCCUUUCUUGGCUGCGUUACAAACGAAGAGACCAAUUUUCUCAAAAACCAAAAUGCAGUCGAAAUUUUAAACGAAAUUAGGAAAAAAAAAAUCAACAUCAUUUCGUUGUCUUUGCAAAGCAUCACGGCAUUGUCCGUACAUUACGACUUGUCCCUUCCGAGGACACAAAAUAAGUUAUGCUUUCUGUUGAAAUCGUUGGGCUUCGAUUAUGUGUAUGAGUCUUCUCUCAGCGAAUUGAUAGCACUGAAUGAGAGCAAGCGCGAGUUUAUGCACCACUUUGGGGAGGCCAUGAGGACAGGGGAACAAAGAGAGCAGUACCGAAACAAUGCCGAUGAUAGCUUGAGCAGUAAAAGGAACCACCGUGUGAAGUCCAAGCGGGGAAGUAAAACUGAGCUGAAGGGGGGAAAUCUUCAGAAGGUAGUUACAAAUGGGAGGAAGCUCACCAAGGGAAACAGCAACGAUGCCGCUGUCUACACAGGUGAGGAAAACAUCUCCCUUCCCCUGAUUUGCUCUCAUUGCAGUGGCACCGUUAUAUAUGGAGAAAAAAAUUUCGAUGAAGAACAGCUAAACGCAUUUAGCAAGGUAAAGUCCAGUCAGGACAUCCAAGGAAUCAUCCUAAAAAUCCUGCACCUCCAGAAGAGCAUAAAUGUAACUCUGCCCCUCUUGGAAAGCCUCCCCCCAAUGAGGAGCUUUUUCAAUUGGUACUGCAACUACGAGUCGCAGUUUUGGGCCGUUUGCAGGGAGCACUAUCGUAGGAAUCGCUAUCAUAGGAACCGCGAUCUUUUGCAAUCGGGCCAAGUUGGCACCGGAAGUGGCGGAAACAGCGGAAGUAGCGGAAGCAUCGAAAGCAGCGGUGUAACUGCCAACCCCCCAACGAUCUACGACAUCAACCAUGUUUACCUGCUGUACUGCUUCGACAAAAAAUUAGAGGCGCACAGAAGUAACCUCCCCCAACAGAAUUCCCUAAAUCAGAACAUGCUCUCCUACCUGUCUUAUGUCUCUCCACGGACACUCGACCGGAUGAGGGAUAUGGCCAACCCAGACCAACAGGAGAAGAGGAACUUCCAUUGCGUCGAUGCUGUGCUAACCACGGUGGAGUUGGUCGAGCUGAUAAACGACACGGAUAUUGAUUUUUUGUCGCUGCCAGAGAUGCCUGUUGAUAGUGUGUAUGACCUUUUGCGUGGCGCCAUGAAGGGGUUGGACGCAGAUAAGACGAAAAGGGGCCCCGAAGAAGCUGCCACAGAGGAGACGUCGCCCAAGACACACGCCGAACGAGAUGCCACCCGCAACCUGCACGAACUGCACGAACUGCGCGAACUUUACGACCAGCUGGGCGAGUACACACUCCGGUGCGGCAACAGAAAUAAUAUUUCGAUGGGCUACGGAGAAGAGAUAUUCAAAUAUGUGUGCAAAGAAUUUUUCAAUUUUGAAGUGAACGAGGAGUUCCAUCUCAAAUACCACGACAUAAUGGUGUUGUCUCUGUUGGAAGGAGAUCACUGUGUUUUCCGAGUGAUCCUGUCCUACGGCUUUAAGAGCAUGUAUAGUGUUAUCCGGAAGGUGAGGGAGGGAAAGGCGAAGGGGGGCGAGGUGAAGGAGGCCAAGGGGGGAAGCCCACAACGGAGAAGUCCACCACGGAGAAGCCCACCACGGAGUGGUACACCACCAAACCCCCCCGGAGAGGCAAAAAAAUACGACGUGGAAAUUACCUACAAUCUGCAUUUCACAGGAAGAAUUGACUACAUCGAAUUGAUGGCCUGCGAAAAGGGGUGCCUCUUCGGAUGCGCCCAGAACAUUUUCUCGGAACGUGUCCACAGGCGAACCUCCUGUCAAUGCUACAACUAUCGAAUUUUGAAAAAAAUCGCACAGCAGGAGGUUAUUGAAAAUUUUGACUUCCUCCGUUCAGAUGGAAGGAGCGAUGCACAGGGGGGUAGAGGACAAGCGGAAGAUGAAACGGGAGGCAUUACGUGUGCCAGCGAAAAACACACACGAUGUGAUCAUCACAUGCAGGAUGUAGAAGCCUCAUCGAUUAACAAAGGGGAAACACGAAAUGGGUACGAACUGUUUAAUCAGCCAAAAGUGGAUACAGAAAAGCUGUUUCAAAAAAUGUAUGACACCAUGCAUAGUGACAAACUUACGGUGUAUGUCAAUUCGAACAAAUGCGAUAGGGAUGUAAAUGUCAACUCGUUUUUAAAAAACAUCGGCAAUUUUUUCAACACGGAAACUUUCCACAUUCUUAAGACUUCCUUUUCUUCCAAGAAAAAGGCAGACAUUAUCAAUUGGUGA